AUGGAUGAUCUCUACGACGAGUUCGGUAACUUCAUUGGUGAAGAGGUCGAGUCAGAGGAGGGCUCCGAGGUUGGCGUUGAGGCGGGCGACUACGUCUAUGAUGAUGAGCCAGAUGAGGCCCCUGGCGUGACGGGCCAGGAGCUCAUGGAGCUCGACGAUGGACCAUCAAACGCCAUUAUACUUCAUGAAGACAAACAGUACUACCCAACCGCCGAGCAGGUGUACGGUGCCGAUGUCGAAACCCGUGUGGAAGAGGAGGACGCUCAACCGCUGAGCCAACCCAUCAUCGCGCCUGUCGAGCAGAAGAAGUUCAACAUCGAGGAAGCCGACCUUCCACCCGUCUUUUUCGACCGCGAGUUCAUGACAGACUUGAUGAACUUUCCCGAACAGACAAGAAAUGUGGCAUUGGCAGGACAUUUGCAUCACGGAAAGACGGCCUUUAUGGACAUGCUGGUCCUCGAGACACACGACAUCACAGACCGACUAGAACGAAGAGUGGGCAAGCACCGCGACGAACAAUUGAGAUAUACAGACAUCCACAUUCUGGAAAGGGAGAGAGGACUAUCUAUCAAGGCUGCACCAAUGAGUCUGGUGCUACCCAGCACCAAGGGCAAGUCUCAUCUUGUCAACCUGAUCGAUACCCCUGGACAUGUCAACUUUGUCGAUGAAGUCGCUGCCUCCUUCCGAUUAGUCGAUGGUGUCUGUUUGGUGGUGGACGUUGUCGAAGGAGUUCAGAUCAACACAGAGCAGAUCAUCAAGCAUGCUGUUCUCGAGGACAUCCCCCUGACCCUCAUCAUCAACAAGAUGGAUCGCCUCAUUCUCGAGUUGAAGCUACCCCCCAAGGACGCAUACUUCAAGCUCAAGCACGUUGUUGAGGAGGUCAACACUAUCAUCACAAACACAGCACCUACCAAGGCUGCUUCAAAGCGAAUAAGCCCCGAAAAGGGCAACGUCCUCUUCGCCUGCACGGAUAUGGGCUGGUGUUUUACGCUACCAAGCUUCGCCAAGAUGUACACAGAUACUUUUGGAGAUAUCAACGUCGACGAGUUCGCAAAGCGAUUAUGGGGCGACAUUUACUACAACCCCAAAAAGCGAAAUUUCUCGCGAAAGCCCAUUGAUGAGCGUUCAUCACGUUCAUUCGUUCACUUCAUCCUUGAACCCAUCUACAAACUCUUCACGCACUCCAUCAGCGACAGUCCCGAGGAGUUGAAGCCGGUUUUGGCUUCACUGGGCAUUGAACUCAAGCCUUCACAGUACAAGGCCGAUGCUAAGGUGCUGCUGAAGCUAGUCUGCGAGCAGUUCUUUGGACCUUCAACCGGCUUCGUGGAUAUGAUUGUCAAGCACAUCCCAUCACCCAUCGAGACUGCCGAGAGGUUGUUGGAGAGAUACUAUACCGGUCCCUUGGACACCAAGGUCGCUGCCUCAAUGAAGACUUGCGAUCAGGAUGGACCAUUGGUCGUGCAUAUCACCAAGCUCUUCAACACAGCAGACGCCAAAAGCUUCCAUUCUUUUGGCCGUGUGCUAAGUGGAACAGUCCGACCGGGUAUGCAAGUUCGUGUUCUUGGUGAAGGCUACUCUCUGGAUGACGAGGAAGAUAUGGCUAUGGCGAAUAUUGCAGAAGUCUUUAUCGGCGAGACAAGAUACAACAUCCCUACAGAUGGUGUCCCAGCCGGUAACCUCGUACUGCUAAGUGGUGUUGAUAACUCCAUCGUCAAGUCAGCCACCAUCCUCCCUCCUAAACUUGAAGACGACGAGGACGCCUACAUCUUCAAGCCCAUCACACAUUUCACAGAAUCGGUACUCAAGGUUGCUGCUGAACCCAUCAACCCUUCAGAACUUCCCAAGAUGCUUGAUGGUCUCAGGAGGAUCCAAAAAUCCUACCCACUUAUCAAGACCAAGGUUGAGGAGUCGGGUGAACACGUCGUCCUCGGAACUGGAGAGCUGUAUAUGGACUGUGUGUUGCACGACUUGCGUCGUCUAUAUGCCGAUAUGGAUAUCAAGAUUUCUGAUCCCGUCACACGGUUCUGCGAGACUGUUGUCGAGACAUCAGCGACAAAGUGCUAUGCCAUUACACCGAACAAGAAGAACAAGAUCACCAUGGUUGCUGAACAACUAGAAAAGGGCAUCUCAAAUGACAUUGAGAGCGGAGCAGUAAACAUCCGCGAUCCCAUUCGAAAGACAGCCAAGUUCUUCGAAGAGAAGCACGGCUGGGACAAGCUGGCUGCCCGCAGUAUCUGGGCGUUUGGGCCUGAAGAGACAGGACCCAACAUUCUUCAAGAUGAUACCCUCCCCACUGAAGGAAUCUAUUCGGCAAGGAUUCAGCUGGGCAACCCGCGAGGGACCCUUGUGUGA